AUGAGCAAACUCUCCUUCCGAGCCCGGGCGCUAGACGCCGCCAAACCGCUGCCCAUCUACCGCGGCAAGGACAUGCCCGACCUCAACGACUGCGUCUCCAUCAACCGGGCUGUGCCGCAGAUGCCCACGGGGAUGGAGAAAGAGGAGGAAUCGGAACAUCAUUUGCAACGGGCAAUCUCAGCACAGCAAGUGUUCAGAGAGAAGAAGGAGAGCAUGGUUAUCCCGGUCCCUGAAGCGGAGAGCAAUGUGAACUACUACAAUCGCUUGUACAAAGGGGAGUUUAAGCAACCAAAGCAGUUCAUUCACAUUCAACCCUUCAAUCUGGACAACGAGCAGCCAGACUAUGAUAUGGACUCUGAGGAUGAAACCCUACUGAACAGGCUGAAUCGGAAGAUGGAAAUCAAGCCGCUGCAGUUUGAAAUAAUGGUUGACAGACUCGAGAAAGCCAGUUCUAGUCAGCUUGUCACACUUCAGGAAGCUAAAUUGCUGCUAAACGAAGAUGACUACCUUAUUAAGGCUGUGUAUGACUACUGGGUAAGGAAGCGUAAGAACUGCAGAGGGCCAUCUCUCAUUCCCCAAAUCAAGCAAGAAAAGAGGGAUGGCUCCACCAACAACGACCCCUAUGUUGCCUUCCGAAGGAGAACUGAGAAGAUGCAGACAAGAAAGAAUCGGAAGAAUGAUGAAGCAUCUUAUGAGAAGAUGCUGAAAUUAAGAAGAGAGUUUAGCAGAGCCAUAACCAUCUUGGAGAUGAUUAAGAGAAGGGAGAAAACAAAACGGGAGCUAUUGCAUUUGACAUUAGAAGUUGUUGAGAAAAGGUACCAUUUGGGUGAUUACGGAGGUGAAAUCCUCAAUGAAGUGAAACUUAAUAGACCUGAGAAGGAGAUGAGCACAACUCCAUCCACUCUUCAUAAUGGAAAUCAUCAUAAAGUUCAAGAAUGUAAAGUUAAGCAUCCUCAUCAUUCAUCCCUAAAGGAGGAGGUGUCAGAUGUUGUACGUCAAAAGAAGAAGUACCUGAAGAAACCCAAAAUGGAGUGUGUGGUAGCUCCUCAGCAGCCCUCUGCCGAGCCCUUGCCCCUUAUCAGCAAGAGUGACAUUAAGCAGUAUGAUUUCCACAGCUCGGAUGAAGAUGAGUUCCCACAGGUGCCCUCCCCAGUGUCAGAAGCAGAGGAAGAAAAUGAUCCUGAUGGACCGUGUGCUUUCAGGAGAAGAGCAGGAUGCCAGUAUUACGCUCCUCGUUUGGACCAAACUAAUUCUCCAUAUGAAAACUCAGAAUUGGCAGAAUUGGACAAACUGAGGUUCAGGCAUUGCCUUACAACCCUUACAAUUCCAAGAAGGUGUAUAGGGUUUGCAAGAAGACGAAUUGGCAGGGGUGGAAGGGUUAUAAUGGACCGAAUAUCCACAGAACAUGAUCCUGUCUUGAGACAGAUUGAUCCGGAAAUGCUGAACAGUUUUUCAAGCUCUUCCCAGACUUUAGACUUUUCUUCUAAUUUCUCACGGACCAAUGCUUCCAAUAAACGUUGUGAAAACAGACUGUCCCUUUCUGAAAUCCUAAGCAAUAUCAGAUCAUGUCGACUGCAGUGUUUCCAGCCAAGGCUACUCAAUCUACAGGACAGUGAUAGUGAAGAAUGUACCUCAAGGAAACCAGGGCAGACUGUGAAUAACAAAAGAGUCUCGGCAGCGUCUGUAGCUUUAUUGAACACCAGCAAGAAUGGCAUAUCAGUAACAGGGGGUAUCACAGAGGAACAGUUUCAGACACAUCAACAGCAGUUAGUUCAGAUGCAGAGGCAACAACUUGCUCAGCUGCAGCAGAAACAGCAGUCUCAGCAUUCCUCACAACAGACACAUCCGAAAGCACAGGGCUCCAGCACCUCUGACUGUAUGUCAAAAACACUUGAUUCAGCCAGCGCCCACUUUGCUGCAUCUGCAGUGGUCAGUGCCCCCGCUCCAAGCCGCAGUGAGGUCCCGAAGGAGCCAGCCACCAGCCACAACAAUAUCAAUGGUGUUGUCCAGCCUUCAGGAACCUCUAGAACUUUGUAUUCCACCAACAUGGCUUUAUCAUCCAGCCCGGGGAUUUCAACUGUACAACUCGUAAGGACAGUGGGCCACACCACCACAAACCACUUAAUCCCAGCCUUGUGCACAAGCAGCCCUCAGACGCUCCCCAUGAACAAUUCUUGCCUGACCAACGCCGUGCACCUCAACAACGUCAGCGUUGUCUCUCCAGUCAAUGUGCAUAUCAACACAAGGACUUCAGCCCCGUCGCCAACAGCCUUAAAACUUGCCACAGUUGCUGCCAGUAUGGACAGAGUGCCAAAGGUAACUCCUAGCAGUGCCAUCAGCAGUAUAGCAAGAGAGAACCACGAACCAGAACGCCUGGGUUUAAAUGGCAUAGCAGAGACCACAGUAGCCAUGGAAGUGACAUAACCUCAAAGCAGUGUCCCCACCUGUGCUAAUGGUGUGCUCCUUUCUAUUCCAACCGAAUGCAAAAUGCAGCACUCUGUGGAUCACAGAGAACUCAAAUGGACCUAAACGGACUAUGGUUAUAUCGUGUAUUAAGUCGAUAUAUAAUGUAAAUUUUGUAAAAUUGGGAAAAUCACUACCUUGUAAAAUAG